AUGCGCGCCGCUUUGACGUGCAGUUGUUCCCAUGGAUUCUAUAUGGAGAGGAAAAUUGUGUACAGCGUUGGUUUGGGAUUUAUGAUUUUCAGCAAAGUCAGUCUCAAAAAGACUGAUAGGCUCGUCCUUGACACGGAGAUUAUCAAUCUCUUCUUGAUCAAUCUCAUCACCACUGCCACCAUCGAAGCUCUCAGGGAUAUGGUAGACAACGUCCUCAGAGAAGUUGUAACUCGCAGAAGUGUCAUUCUCGCACGCAAAAUCGUCAAUGUUGCCAAAAACAACAUCCUCGUUCUCAUAAUCAAUGUCCGAUUCAGAGACCCCCGGGGCCUGCUCAAGAACGAAUUCUGGAUCCUCGGGGACGGCUGCCUUCUUUUGCUGUGGAUGGGAUUUCGGUUGAGCAGCAGCAGCAGCAGCAGCAGAAGAUGGAGCAGACUGUAA